AACUGAUUUUGCAGCAAAUUCAGCAAGAGAUGGCUGUAGCGGGGUUCGACCGGAACCUCAUACAGAUAAGCAACAAACUAAAAAAACUAAAGAAGGACUACAGGGACCGAAAAAAGGACCUUGGUCGAAGCGGCAAUGGUCGCCCUCGUCGAAACCUACAUUUUGACGUUCUUGAGUCUGUUCUCAGCGAUAGGCCGGCAUGCCAGGUGACCGGGGCGCUGAACUCGGCAACAAUAAUACUCGAGUCAAUGGUGGAUGAUUCGCUGCAGCAAAGUUGCACCAAUCCUGCCGAACUGUCUGCCAUCAAUGACCGUGAUGAUGACAACGUUGAGUUGCCGCCACCGCUGGGCUGCAGCUCUCCCGCGCCGCGUGUAGCAGCUCUGGAGAAGCAUCUUCAGAACGGGUGUCAGGCAGCAGCUACCAUAUAA